UCCCCGCCCUCUCACCCCGCUGCCUCUAGGUUCUUGGGAAGAUGGCGAAGGUCUCAGAGCUUUACGAUGUCACUUGGGAAGAAAUGCGAGAUAAAAUGAGAAAAUGGAGAGAAGAAAACUCACGAAAUAGUGAGCAAAUUGUGGAAGUUGGAGAAGAAUUAAUUAAUGAAUAUGCUUCUAAGCUUGGAGAUGAUAUUUGGAUCAUAUAUGAACAGGUGAUGAUUGCUGCACUAGACUAUGGUCGGGAUGACUUGGCCUUGUUUUGUCUUCAAGAGCUAAGAAGACAGUUUCCUGGCAGUCACAGAGUCAAGCGAUUAACAGGCAUGAGAUUUGAAGCCAUGGAAAGAUAUGAUGAUGCUAUACAGCUAUAUGAUAGGAUUUUACAAGAAGAUCCAACUAACACUGCUGCAAGAAAGCGUAAGAUUGCCAUUCGAAAAGCCCAGGGGAAAAAUGUGGAGGCCAUUCGGGAACUGAAUGAGUAUCUGGAACAAUUUGUUGGAGACCAAGAAGCCUGGCAUGAACUUGCAGAACUUUAUAUCAAUGAACAUGACUAUGCAAAAGCAGCCUUUUGUUUAGAGGAACUAAUGAUGACUAAUCCACACAACCACUUAUACUGUCAGCAGUAUGCUGAAGUUAAAUAUACCCAAGGUGGACUUGAAAACCUCGAACUUUCAAGAAAGUAUUUUGCACAGGCAUUGAAACUGAACAACAGAAAUAUGAGAGCUUUGUUUGGGCUUUAUAUGUCGGCAAGUCAUAUUGCUUCUAAUCCAAAAGCAAGUGCAAAAACGAAAAAGGACAACAUGAAAUAUGCUAGUUGGGCAGCUAGUCAAAUAAACAGAGCUUAUCAGAGCUGAACAUAAAGAGUAAGAAAACCAUAUUUAGGAGAGUAAUGGAGAAGACCAACAGAAGGAAAGAAGUUUGAGCAUUGAUCAAGAUAGAACAAGCCUAUGCUUCACAGCAGACAAACCUCCAGAUCUCUUUGGCUUAAAUCAGUGCACCCAGGUGACUCUCUAGGAAAGUGUCUUCCAUAUGUUAAUUUAACCAUUGAGGCUACUUGGGUCUUGUGACUUCAUUGUCUCUUCACAACAGUAAGACACCUUGAUAGAAGAAAAGAGUGAAUGGAGGGUUCAUAACCUUCAAAUCCUACUGGUCAAAGGCUGAGAAUAGCAGUCAGUAUUGCCAGUGAGAACAUAACUAGAUUUGUCUAAAUUUUGAGAAGGAGAGUCAAUCACGUGAAAGAACGUGAAGUCUGAGAGAAAACUAACAUUUAUUGGGUACCUUCUGCAGAAGUUCCAAAACCUUUUUGAUUUACAGCACUAAAUAUCUCAGUAUUUUUUUCAGUGGAUUCCUAGGCCGAAAUAACUAACAGUGCCAUGAGUUGAGUGAUUAGGUCCAAACAAGUUAAAAUGUAUUUAUACGUUAAUAACAGAGUAGCUGCUUGAACAUAGUAGUACACAUACAUAGAAAGAAAGACAAUUUUUAUUUCAGCCUUAACUAUAGAUAACUUACUUACUAAUGAGAUGUGUGGGUUUCUUGGGCACUGGACACCUACCUCUCAGACCUUGUAAUCAUAUUGGAUCCACCACCUUCAUUUCCUGUUCCAAACGGAUUUUCAUGUUUACUGGCUUUUUAUCUAGCCACAACCAAAACUUAGCUCAGCAGAGAUAUGACAUCAAUGAAAGAAAUGUAGUAUGAUCUAAUGUUGAAACUGUAAACUACCUUGAGCUGGUAGGUCUCACAGUGGCUGACAGGUUUUGAGUAUUGCUAUAUUUUCCUCAACACUUUAGAAUAUCCCAUGGCUCUCAUGUAAGUAUGCUGCAGUGCCCUCGGGGGCUUCAGUGCAUGGUUUGGGAGCCAUACAUCUGUUGGCCUAGGUACUAUAUAUAAAUCACCUACUUCUUAACGACAGUUUGGAAGGUAGGUGCUAUGAUUUUCAAGUUGGAUGUGGAAAGUCAAGUUUGAGAGGGGGUAUGCAUUCUACCCUAAACCUCCUAGUUAGUAAUUAACAGAGCAGAGGCUUGAACCCAAACCUUCUGGCUUUAAACCCCAUUGCAUCAUGCCAUGUGUCAUGAGAUUUGCAGGAUUAAGGUUUUCACAGCUUCCUCUCCCCAUGACCUUUCCCUGGUUUCAAGCAACAUUGAAAUUACUAUUUUUUAAAACAUGUGGAAAUACUUGAAACUCAUGGAACUGAUUUUAAGUCAUGUCUCCUUUUUAAGCUAUAAGGCACACCUGCUAGAAAAUAAAUUUUCGUAAGCAGAGAUUAAAGAACUUUACAAUGGCCUUAAAAUGGCCCCAGGAAAGAUUGCUUAAGGUUUGAAAUCAAGACAGUAAAUUUAUAAUUAACUUGUAAUUAUUUUACUGCUAAUUUUUAAUGUGACAUUUAGUAAGAACCACAUAUCACUUUUCCCCAGCUGGCAGGACAGUUCUUAUAAACUAAACCGUCUUCACCAGCUGUUGCCUAAUUCAGUAUGGUCCAUAUUGGAAUUUUUCCAGCUCUGCCUGAACAUUAUUACUAAGUCUCAGCAGACCCAUGCAAAAGUGAGCCAUAACUAUAGUCUUUCAUGUUACUCAUAGUUCUAUUUAAUUAUCUGAAAUACUACCUGAUAAAUAGUGCAAUCAGAAGAAUUUCAGUUUAACAGUAACUACUUCCACAUCACUUUUACGCUGUCAUCUAAUUUGAAACAGGUUUUGGAUUACUACCUCUGAAUUAUGUAAACUCUUAAUCAAUGAUUAAGAAUCUUUGAGCUGCUGGUGUGUGUGUGUGUGUGGUUCUUAUGUGUCAGUAAAUUCGGCCCUAGUAAAAUGCACUUUUUUUUCUUCACUAGACUUUUUAGGCCUUUUUUUUUCUCCUAAACUUGUUGAGGGGAUAAAGAUGAGCAGCUGGAACCAAGGAAGAGCAAAUUCUUACAAAAGAAAUUUGUUUUCAAAGCAAUGUCACUUCACAUAGAAAUAAUAUUUGCAUUAAAUGCCCCUAACACAGAUUAUAAUUCAAAGAAACAUCUGAGUAGUGGAAAACUGUUCUCUACUUAAGAACAAAUUCAUCAGCAAAUGGAAAUAGACUAACAUUUAUUAAGCACCCUGUAAAUGCCAGGCAUUCUAUUAUUUUGUUUGAACCUAAAUACAACAUUGGGAGCUCAAUUUUAUGACCUUCAUUUUGCAGAGGAGGAAACUGAAGGCUGAGAGAUUUAAGAAAUCUUCCAAGUUUAAAAGUGAAUAAAUGUUAGUGCUUGCAUUCAAAGUCAGGUGAGUCUUACUUUACAGUGAUGGCUUUUGCCUACAGGAAUGCACUGCCUUCAGAUCACUUACAUUUUAUAAUGGUAAUUGUAUAUAAAAACAUGAUAUUAAUUUUUUAUUUGUCAAAUAUUUAUUUGGUAAAUAAAAUGUGACCAGCACAUUUCUAGGAGUGAACUAAUGGCAGUUAUGAUUAUUGACAUUUAUUAAAGCUAUAUAACUUACAUGUAUUUUCUAAAAGUUAGUGAUUUAUUUUCAGCCUUUCUGUAAUUUUGAGUUAGGGAUCUCAAAAGAUCCCAGGGUGUUGGUAAGGACCUACAAUACUGAAAAAAUAUUGGACUGGAUCCCAGGAGACCUGUGUUUGCCUCUUUCACUUGCUACCUCUGUGAUCAAACGAAUCAGUCUCUAAAUCCGUGGCUCAGUUUCUUUAUUUGUAUAAUAAAAGGAUUGGAAUAUAUUAUCUCUGAGAUUCUUCUGAGUACUACAAUUCUAUGACUUUACUAAACACAUUCAACUUUUAUAGGUCAUUCCCAACAAUCCAUAUGAGUACACUGAAAUGGUAGUGGUGUAUAUAAUUCAGAGCUGAACGAAACACCUUCAUGUUUGGCCUUGGAAAGUAUAAAUGAG